AGUCAAUGGUACCGCACUCGGAACUACCGAUUGCCGGCCUCGGGCCUAGUGGGCUCAGCUUGUGUAUUUUUAACUACAUCGUAUUUAUGAUCAAUGGUUAUUGAAAAAAUGAUAAAUAGGUUCUAUCAGUAGUUUACGGAAACCGAUUGGUCACACUGAUGUGCUUAUGCUUCGACAAAAUUGGUUGGACGGGUGGGUAGAUUGUUCGAUAGAAGAGAAGAGCGGAAUCCCACCCAAAAACGGCAAAACCUAAACUCGAGUACUCGACGUGCCCCCUUCCAUAUCCCUUUCAUUUUCGUUUUAUGUUUGUAAACAACAAUAUUAAUCACUGUUUUCAUUUUUGCGCUAUAAUAUUUUUCACAUCCGUGAAGUUUUUGAUUUGAACGUGUCCAGCGAUGUCGUUUGAGUUCGAUGCUUUCCCGCCUGUGACGUCCGUCCGCCAACGUCGUCAUCACCGCAAUGUGUUUGCCGCCAUUUUCGUGUGAGCAGACGAUCACCGGACAACGGGCGCCAACUCCAGUCAACUCGACGAAACCAAAAACAUUGGUUUUUAUUGGAUAUGUAUUUAGGAACAGUCAUUGUGUAAUUAGAUCAAUAAUUACAAAUUUGACAAGUGUUGCUUAACUUGCAUCAUUUUAAAAUGAAUAAAAAGUAUACACAUUUUUUUCUUUGUCAAUAACUGGUGUACUAAUUGACAUGGGUGAUAGAUUAUUUAUGGCAAUGAGUCGCCGCCGUAUAUCAUGCCCAUUGGCUGUUCAACAGCUGUGGGAUGCUGUGAAAGUGAUACGUUUUCAAAGGCAGGUACCAGAUAUUGAUCGCAUCACAAAAUAUAUGACUAAAGUCCACAAUAUGUCACCGGAGGAAGUGGGAAGACAAUUAAAUUAUUGUGUACGUGAUGGUCUUUUGAUUUUAACCAAAAGAGUUGGUAACAAAGGUUCAAAAGCGGGAGUUGAAACUGAAGGAUAUAAACUUCCAGAAGAAAAAGCUGACAAGGAUAGUCAUGAUUGGUACUGUUUUCAAUGUCAUAGUGCUGGAGAUGUUAUAAGUUGUACAUCUUGUUAUCGAGUAUUCCAUCUUUCAUGUAUUGAAAAAAAGGACUUGCCAGAAAAUGAUGUUAAGCAUAAGUUCAUUUGUAAUAUAUGCAAAAAUUGUGCUUCUACUAAAGAAGCUUGUAAAAAGAUUAAAAAAAGUCAGCUUAAUAGGCUUCUUUAUCAUACUACUGGCAGAUUAAGAGAAAAAAUACCUUUACCAUGGUCAGAACGAAAAAUUGCUACCACAGCUCCAUCAACAUAUGUUUCAGACAGACUUCAGUUUCAGAGUCAAUUAAAAGGUAGUGAUUUACACUUUAACAUGAAAUCUGCAUUAAAAGACAAAGAUCCUUGGAGGAUAGAUCUUCUUAUUUUCAAAAUUAUAGAUCUUCAAAUGAUUGAAGAUAAAGCUGAUGAUGAUGAGUAUAAAAAUGUUGAAGAGUUCCGAGCAGAUAUAUUAACCUUUGUUCACAAUAUUAUUAUUUUUCAUGGCGUUCAUAGCAGUUUAGCUGAUUAUGGCCGUUUAAUGUUGAGAGAUUGCAAUCGAGAUUUGGAUGAAAUAAUGAGAUGUCGUUAUUGUUACAAAUAUUCUAUACAAAAAAAUUCAAAAUUUUGGUUUUGUAAGCCAUGUAAACCCCCACACGAAUUAGUGUAUGCAAAACAAGAAGAUUUUCCAUACUGGCCAGCAAAAGUUUUAAAAAUUGAGGGUGAUAUGUAUGAAGUAAGAUUUUUUGGUAGUGAACACCAGCUUGGAAUUAUUGACAAAUCUCAAAUACGACCAAUAUCGGUGAACAUUCAUACCUUACAGUCUCAGGGUCGUACUUCUCAAUGGAACAAAGCAUGUGAGGAAUUGCGUCGCCAUCAACUUCAACUGGACAAAGUUAUAUUUGGUCUUGCUGCACAAUCAUCAUCCUCUUCAUCUAGUUCAUCUUCAGAAGAUGAAGAAGAACCACCUAAAGUAGAAGCUUCACCUAUUCUAAAACGUUAUGAAAGGAGAAAAGUUAAAGAACAGAAAACAUCAAUAAAAGCUGAGGCAAAAGUUGAGACAGAUACUGAGGAAUCAGAAUCAAAAGAUGAAGUAAAACCUGUAAAAAGAAAACGAGGUAGACCAUUAUCUCUAGAAAAAAAAACAAGUCCGCCAAAAAAAGUUGUAAAGAAACCUUUAUUAAUUAAAAAAACCAGUCCUGAAAACAUUGUAGAAAAAAGACCUAGAGGUCGACCUAGGAAAGUAAGCGAACCCUUACAUGCAGAUAAUACUCCAGUAAAACAUGUGAAAACUAAAGUUAAAAGUCCAAAAGAAAAUAUCAAUGCAUCCGAAGGAAUUAAAACAUCAAAAAGUGCAUCACCAUUGAAAACAAAAUCUCCAGUUAAAGAAAAUGAAGUAGAUGAAAAUAUAACAUCUACAACUGAAAGGUUAAAAGAUCCUGAUGUCGUUGAAGAUGAAACAGUUAGUUCUUCAUGUCAAGAUUUAGUACGAUCAGUUAAAGUGCAAACAAAACCAAUUAGUAAAAAACCACCUAAAAGCUAUAUAAACAAGAUUCGAGCUGAAAUGGAAAAUGAAAAACGUAAAGCUAUUGAACAAAUAAUUGAACAACAUAAAGAGGAGAUUGCUUUAUUGCAAGAAAACCACAAUAUUGCACUGUCUGAAGUGAAGAAAAAACAAUGGUGUGUGAAUUGUGAAAGUGAAGCUAUUUAUCAUUGUUGUUGGAAUACAGCAUAUUGUAGUCCUAAAUGCCAACUAAUUCAUUGGAGUAGUGAACAUAAAAGGCAUUGUCGUCGAAAAAGAUGAUCUUAAGCUAUUUAUGGGAGUAUUUUAACUAAAGGAAUAAUAUUUUAGUUGAAACUCUGCCAUGUAUGUACAUACAUACUUACAAUAUAUUUAUUUUUAAAAAUGUAUUAUUAGCUUAUACUAACUAACUCAAUAUUUCACUAAAUUGAGUAAUUAAUUUUAUGUGUAAUACUAUAGUGUUUAACAUUAAACAUUAAUAAGAACAAUAUUACUUAAAAGUAACGUGAUUUUUCAGAAACACAAGUAUUAUUAAAUUUACAAUUUUUUAUGUUAAUUUAUGUAUUUUUGCUGAUUGACUUUGUACCAUUAUUAUGAAUGUAUUUGAUUCAUUCGUUUACAAGGUGUACAGUAAAAAAUUGUCCAAAUAUUUCAAACAUCUUAAAAUGUAUGUUUGGUAAUUUGUUUUUGAAACCCUAUACAAUAUUGUAUUUUUUAAUUUUACCUAUUUUUUUUUUCAAGCUAAUCGGCAAUAAAUUAUUUUUAUAUAAAUUAUUUUACAAUAGUUGCUUAUUGGACUUAUGGUUAAUUGACUCAUUUGUCUUUUGGACUGAACAGGCUGGCCAGUAUACUUGCAUGUGUACUAAUUAUAUUUUGUCGCCCAUAGAGCACAACUCCCUGCUAUUUUAAAUUAAUAUCUUUAUGUCUAAUUUUUUUCACUUAGCAGCAUAACAAAUCAUAGGAAUGCACAGACUACAACAUAUUUUGAUCACCUUUGACUAUUGCUCUCUUUGUGUGCAAAGUAUACCGAGAUUUAAUGUGUUUAUAGGACAAAUUAUACCGGUUUAAUGGGUCAAUUAAUUAAAUCAUAUAAUUAAUAACUAUUAAUUAUAUUUAAUUAAGUGAAUAUAAUUAAAUGCUAAUAAAUAAAAAAUAAUUAAAAUGUAUAAGUACAUUUCUUUAUUUUACUUAUUAUUACAUAUCUAUAUUUAUACAUAUAACUUUUUAUUCCAAACCUUUCGCCUUAUUGAUUUUUUUGGUUAAUGGACAUAAAUGUUCUGGUCCCAAAUCAAGUCCAAUAAAUGGCAUUUACUGUAUUUAUUAAAAAUACUUAUCAAAUUUUAUAAUAUUUUGGACACUGUGUAGUUAAAGUUAAUUUGUUAUAAUUUUCAUCUUCAUUUUAUUCAUUUAAAAAAAUAUAUUUAAAUUUUCAAAUUUUACCUAAGCAAAGAAUGUAUUGGACUAUUGGUUUUUUUAUAUUGUUUUGUUGACUUUUGUACAUUUUUUUUUUAAGUUUAUGAAUAAUGAAUAUUCUAAUUUGUUAAACAGACUUUUUUUUUUUACAUAUUAUUUUGUUUUAUUAUUAUAAUUUAUAAUUAGAAAUUAGGUCUUUAUUAUUCUAAAACGGUGCUUUAAAAUUAGUUAUUUAAUAGUAUUUAUACAACUAAAGGGGUAAUUCCAUUUUAGAGAGUAUAAAUCAAUAUAUACAACAUAUUUAGAUUAUUUAAAGAGCUUUGAAAACUAAGUUUAUAAUUAAUAAUUAUGAUAAGUUUAUAUAUAGUAUAUACAAAUUAAUAUUCAUUUAAUCGUAAUUCACUAAGUUUGCUAUAUAAUAAAUCAAUAAAAAUUUUAAAUUCCUAUAAAAUUGUGAAUAAUCAGAAAUAUAUAAUUCUGAUUAAGUUAUAUUUUUACUUAUUUAAUUAUUACUUCCAUUUUUCUCCAUUUUUUCAUAAUAUUUUAGUUUGUAAUAGUGUAUUACUAUAAUAUUACAUACUUAUAGAAGUUGUAUUUUGAAAUAUGUCUAAAAUUUAUUUAAGCAAUAUUUUAAUAAUUAGACUGUAUAUGUUUCAACCCAUUGCUACUAAAUAAAUGGGAAGAAAUAAUUAGAUAUUUUUAUCAUAUAAUUAGAUAGAUUUUUCUUUAAUCUUAAAUUUAAGAAUAUUCAUAAAAUAGUGUAAUAUAAUAUAUAUUUUUUUACAAUUCAAUAUUUAUAUCAUGGUAGAUAUGUUUGAUCUCAAUACAUUAUUUAUUUAUUUUUGUUUGUAUGUAUUUAUAAUUAAUCCAUCCUUUAGUGUGUAGGCUUUUGAUUUGUAUAAAUGUAUAAUGGUAUAAAUCAUUUAAUCAUCAAUCAUACUUAAGUACAUUAGUUAUACAUUGGUGAAACAGUGUUAAAAUAAUGUUAUUGUUAUUUAAACCAUAAAAUAUUGUUGGUGAUUGUAUUUAUUGUAUUGUAGAUCCAAUUAAAUAUUGUAAAUCAGAUUCAUGAGAUCUUAUAAUAUAAGUAUUUUGGAAUCAACUGAUUGGUGAAUGUCAUAAAUCUAAGAUCAAUAUAAUCAAAUAAAUAAAUUGCAAAUAUUUGAAAAUUA